CCCACAACAUCCUUUCCUUCUUGAAUCUCAUCCAUCAAUUAUCCGAUAUUACGGCAUCCCUCCAACCCACUCGUUGUUCGUAGGAAUGGAAGCUCAAACGUACACAAAUCGACCACAGAGCCCCCGUGAUGUUUCGACAGCCAGUGGCUCUGUGCCUAUGCGAGAACUGCCCAAGAAUGACGGGGCUAAAUGCGCAAGUCCCACAAACGGACCUCCCACUGACAAGUGGGUCACUAUACACCUUGUGUACUGCUCCGGCACUCAUCAGGACCAUCAAGGUCAUCAUUCAUGCGCAUACUUUCUCGAUCUCCCAGCUCUACCUACCGGCGCAAGUCCUACGACACCCCUUCGUGGCCGGGAUCGCUUGCUGGAUAUUGGGAGCUAUCUGCCUGGACGGGAUGGUUUUGAUUUUGUGAUUUACCUUGAGUACGACUGCGAGGCUCAUGAUGAGCUUACCAAGGACACCUCGACAUCCUUUCCGAAGCCUUGCAUACUUCAGGAUGAGGGUAUUGAACUCAAGAAUCUACCUGCAGAGCCUAUUUCCGAGCGAUUGCACCUGUCAGAAAGUCUCGAGGAAGCUUUGCGGGCGUUAUACGAUCAGGAUACCAACAAACACCAAGAGUGGGACUUCGCAGAGGAUGUCACAUACCCGUACACAAAGUUGUAUAAUUGCAGAUGUCUCUUCAUCGACCCAAUGAUACAAUUAUUGGAACCGCAACAACAGCUAGAACUCGAGAGACUGUUCCACUACCUGGCGGGGCGCCUGAACGUGGAUUACCAGAGGCUGGCGGAACUGUCCGCUGCGGGAGUCAUAAGUCAAAAGUAUUGGCCACUGCUAUUUCGACCAAAUGAUACGGUAAUCACAAUCAAAAACGACCAGUAUGAGGCAUUUGUGAUCACAUCUUGCCGUUUGAUCAAUCAAACCACGCUAAACAUGGAGUGCUGGACCUGGGAAUACAAUGGAAACUUCUUUCGAAAGCACUUCACUGUUACCAGUGAGUGGCCCUCUAGCUCAAAGCAAGUUCCAAUCACCCAGCUCUCGGCGUAUCCCGUUCGCUACGCCGUAGACGGGGUUGAGUACAAACUGCGCGAGCGUGGCUGUACCUUCUGGGGUUGCCGGCGACGAAAGUACGUGAACUACAAUGUGCAAUCCAAAGGCCUGCGCCCGCAGCUCACUAACCUACGUUACAUGGUCGACAUGGACACGUACAGGUCGACUCACAGUGCUGGUGAUUACACAUUAAAAGAGGGCGAGUUCCCGGAUGAUGUCCUUGAAAGUGACGAGAUCCCACAAGGCUCACUUGCACUUUUGCUUCCGUCAACUAUUAUUGGAUAUGGUUUUCACAACAGGAAGUGGGAUAAACUCCUAGUAGAUCACAUUCGGGACAUCGAAUGGAACAGCGGAGUCUUUGGACAUCAGCUGGUUCUCACGGAAGCGAAGAAAGAGCUGAUUAAGGCUCUGGUUACUGUUCACAUCGAUGACAGCCGUACCACUAAAGCAGACUUCAUGGACGGGAAAGGCGAAGGGCUUCUUAUUCUGUUACACGGAGGGCCAGGUACCGGUAAAACGCUGACCGCUGAGAGCAUUGCAGAACUCGUCAAGCGUCCACUCUUCAGGUUAUCGUGCGGCGAUCUCGGAACCGAUGCCCAAAGUGUUGAGAAGAACCUGAUAUCCGCGUUGGCCUUUGGAAGUCACUGGGAUUGCAUAGGUCUUCUGGACGAGGCUGAGGUAUUUGUCGAAGAGAGAGCAUCGAAUAGUUUUCAGCGUAACGCGCUACUCUCCGUGUUUUUGCGCAUCUUGGAAACGUAUGAUGGCAUCUUGAUUUUGACAACAAAUUGUGUCGGCGUCUUCGACGAAGCUAUGACAUCCCGCAUUCAGCUUGCGCUUCACUAUCCACCGCUGGAUACGGAUAGCCGUUGGAGGAUCUGGAAGAACUUGGUCCAAUCGAUUUCGGAAACCGGUGAGAAUAUCAAUGAGGAAGAUAUUACCACGAAUCUCGACAGCAUUGCGCGGUAUAAACUAAACGGUCGAGCAAUCAGGAAUACGCUAACUACGGCUCGCCAGUUGGCGCGGUACAAAAAGGAAGCUUUGAAUCACGCGCAUAUAAACCAGGCGCUUGGAGUCGUUAACGAAUUUCUCGAAUAUAUCAUGAGAACAAAGGAAGGACUCAACGAGAUUGACUUUGCAUUUCGUAGGGGCUGGAGAGAAGAUUCAUCCUUCAUUGAAUAGGAAGCUGAAAAGAAGUCGAAAAGGGCAGAUAGGGAGUGCUCGGACAGCUCGUUCUCUCCACAUCUUUCCUAAUUUUCCUCCACAGAACAUUUUCGAUUUACAGUCCGGCUUGUUAGUUUCUCUGCUUUGAUUUCAUGAUCAGUUAGGUUGUUCGGUAUGAUGUUGUGCGUGGGCAGAUUUGGGAGCACGAGCAAUAAAAUAUAAGUCGUUGAGGUUUCCAUCUCCAGAUGGCCAGAUCAUCAAGAGGCAGCUAGAAGAGCUGAUAUAUAAUGUAAAAUUCCAUAAUCA